AGCGGCUGAGGGUGAGGAUGGUGAAGCAGACUAUACAGAUAUUUGCUCGGGUUAAACCAUCAAAUAAAGCAACCACGGUAUACUCUGUGGAUAAUGAGGAACAGAGCGGAGGCAGCCUGGAGUUCGUAGUUCCGAGGGAUCUUGCAGACGGCUUCAUCAAUAACAAGAGAGAGAGCUACAGAUUCCGGUUUCGGAAAGUUUUUGAUCAAAAUAUCAAGCAAGAGGAAAUCUUUGAGGCAAUUGCAAAACCUGUGGCUGAUAAUGUGCUGGCAGGAUACAAUGGCACAAUCUUCGCCUAUGGACAGACUGGCAGUGGAAAGACGUUCACCAUCACGGGCGGAGCUGAGCACUACAGUGACCGAGGAAUCAUUCCCAGAACUCUGUCCUAUCUGUACCAGCAUUUCAACCAUGACAGAAGCAUGGUGUACACCACGCACAUAUCCUACCUGGAGAUCUACAAUGAGGUCGGAUACGACCUUCUGGAUCCACGGCAUGAAGCGUCCAAUCUGGAGGACUUACCGAAGGUGACAAUAAUGGAAGAUCCCGAGCAAAACAUUCACCUGAAGAAUCUGUCAUUACAACCAUCAGCCAGUGAAGAAGAGGCUCUGAAUCUGCUUUUCAUGGGUGAUACCAAUCGUAUGAUUGCAGAGACCCCAAUGAAUCAAGCCUCCACACGUUCUCACUGCAUCUUCACCAUUCACGUGUGCAGCCGAGAGCCAGGAUCAGCCACAUUACGUCGCUCUAAGCUGCACCUAGUGGACCUGGCUGGCUCUGAGAGAGUGGGGAAGUCUGGUGUGGGAGGCCAUAUUCUUACUGAGGCCAAGUAUAUCAACCUGUCUCUGCACUACCUUGAGCAGGUCAUCACAGCUCUGUCAGAGAAGAAUCGCUCACACAUUCCUUACCGAAACUCCAUGAUGACCUCUGUGCUCAGAGACAGUCUGGGGGGAAACUGCAUGACCACCAUGAUUGCCAUGGUGUCAGUGGAAAAGAGGAAUGUCGAUGAAUCAAUUUCGACCUGCCGUUUUGCCCAGAGAGUGGCCAUGAUAAAAACCGAAGCUCUCCUAAAUGAAGAGCUGGACCCAUCACUUGUGAUCAUUCGCUUGAAGAAGGAGAUCCAGUGCUUAAAAGAUGAGCUAGCUCUGGUGACUGGAGAGCAAAGAUGUGAUGAGCUGACUCAAGAAGAAAUCCAGAGGAUUGAAGACCAGCUUAAGGUGUUUCUUGAUGACCCUGACCCUGAAGUGACUCUGGAACUCGGACCAGAUAUGAGAAAAAUACGACACUGUUUUUCUCUCUUAAAGGUAAGGCUGAAAGAGAUACCAGCUGAGCUGAGCAAGGGAAAUGGAGCUGGUGAUAUUAGUCCUCUUUCAUCUUCAAGAACUAGAGACGGUCCACAGAGCCCAGUCAACAAAGAGUUUCUCAAACUGAAGGACAUGCUAACACAGCGUGACAAUGAGAUCAGUAUUCUUGUGAGCAUGCUGAAGAAAGAGAAGCACAAGGUUCAAGAAGCCAAUGCUCAAAUAGCAAAAUUAUGCAGCUCCCAAAGCUCAUUCCAAUCAUCAUUAUCAUCAUCUUCUAGCACGGACAAUGAGAAAAGAAUAAAGCAGGAAGCUUCAGACGACACCACGCAUGCCGAACAUGUAAAGUACAAGCGAAAUGGAGCACAGCUGUCUAUGGGACGACAGGAGGCAUUUGAAAUAUUUAAGACUGAGCAUGAGGAUAAUAUUACUCUAGAAGACAACAAGGUCAUAUUGAAACAGAGGUUUGCUGAAGCUAAGGAACUGGGUGUGCGGGUUAACCAGGCCAGGAGCAGAGUCAAUGAGCUGAAGAAGCAGCUGGAGACUAGGAGGAUGCAGAUUGCAGCACAGGGUGUAAUGGGAAACCAGCCAAGUACAGAAUUAGAUCCUGUAGAGGAAAGACUCCGUAAACAGAUUGAAGAGGAGAAGAAACAAUAUAAGAGCACUUUUGAACGUUUAAAAGGCUUGAAGACAGAGAUCGAUCAUCUACAGCACCUGCAUCAGAGGUCAAAGAUCAAACUGCAGAAGGACUUCCAGGACUGGUGGACUCAGGAGGCAGCAAGCCUACAGCAGGAUAAAUGCUCAGUGAGUUCAAGAGCAGGGCAGAGCCAGGACAAUUCUACUUGCCCUCCAUCAACCAGUUCAUUGCACGAACACCAUGUCGGUAACCAAGACAGAGCACAAAGACAGCAGCCUAAUCCACCUACAAGAGAGCUCAGAGCCUUGUUCGCUGCUGGCCCUUCCUCAACAUCGAUCCCGCUGACUGGGGACCAAGAAACUGAUGGCAAUAUAUUGGCCUUCAUCAAAGCCAGACAAAAUCUGCUCACCAGAACAGGAGUGCCACCCAAAUAAGGCUGAAACUAUUCGUUCACGAUGAACACAAUGUGCCGGGGUUUGACUAACAAAUGCGUUCCCUCGCAUUACAUCAGCAAAGUUCACAGCUAUCUACUGACUUUCAAAAGCUAUUUUGACUUGGACGGAAUUGAAGUUAGAAUAUACAUGAAGACAGUUAUUUCUAUAUUAUUUUUAGAACUCGUUUAUCUGAAGGACUUUCCUUUAACAUUUUUGUCACUAAUGGCGAAUAACAUUCUGUAAAUGAGCUUGAAUAUCUCAGCAAUAGACAGUAGCUUAGCAGCAGCAUAUAUCAUUGCUAAAGGCACUUAUCCGACCUGAGCAAAUGUUUUCACAAGCUAUCACACUGUACUAACUGGAUCGGAUGUCUGUCACCCUGCCAAGAUCUGCGACUUAUUUACUCGAGUCAUCAAACCAUAGAUUUUAUAGAUUUGUGUUGUCUUUUCCCAGCAUGUUGUUUAAUCGAUUUUUUUUCCUCCCAUCUGCUCGGUAUAAAAUGAUUCCUGUAAAAUAUAAUUAGCACUUUCCUUUACAUGACGUGUUCCACUAUAAACUGCCUGUCAGAUGAAUUUAUACAAAUAAACAGACCUGCCAUUAACAUCGUCCUCUUGUGCCU